AUGCUUUUGCAACGUCACCUGAGAAGACUCCAUGAAUACAAAGGACCAUCAUUAACAUGUGAAGUUUGUGGAAAAAUUUCAAUAACUCAAGCUGAACAUAGACGUCAUGUUAUGGUUCACACUGACGAAUUGCCAUAUAAAUGCAAAUUUUGUUCACGCAAGUUUAAACACAGGUCUGGAGCACGCUAUCAUACAUUAUCUGAGCACACAGGCGAACGUCCUUAUCAUUGUCCCGUGGAAAAUUGUGAUCUGACAUUCAUAGACCAUCCCAAUGCUAACAAACACAUAAAGACAACUCACGGUUUGAUAGGUGUCAAACCUGUCCUAGUUCGUAAAAAUAAAUAA